AUGGCGAAAUCUAAAGCGUUGGAUUGCACAUUUAUCGUACGAAGUGAUGGCCGCUUUCAGUUUACCAUUGAUUCAAGGCUCACCGAUAGUGGCUGCUUAGGACCACCGUUCAGAGUGCUCUUUCUCUAUAUAUACGUGGUUCUCGAUAGCCUCAUCUCACUUCAUUCAGCCCCUUUUAUCACACGCCACAAGAAAGUGUUUGGUCCCAAAAUACAACAUCAGUGUAAAAUGGUGGUGGCAGAGUUCGGUAGUGGUGGUUUGAGAGGAAUGAAGAGUUUCAGCUACCAUGUUAUCACCGGGCGUUGGUUCAUGCUGUUUGCAUCUCUACUUAUCAUGUCCGUUGCAGGGGCAACAUAUAUGUUUGGAAUAUACUCUAACGAGGUCAAAACCUCUUUAGGGUACGACCAGUCCACUCUCAACUUGCUCAGCUUCUUCAAAGACCUAGGUGGCAACGUUGGGGUCAUAUCCGGGUUGGUCAACGAGAUAACACCACCCUGGGUGGUACUCUCAAUUGGGGUCCUCAUGAACUUCUUUGGUUACUUCAUGAUAUGGCUUGCAGUCUCUGGCCGCACUGCCAAACCACAGGUUUGGCAAAUGUGUCUCUACAUUUGCAUUGGUGCAAAUUCUCAAACCUUUGCCAACACUGGUGCUUUAGUCACAUGUGUCAAGAACUUCCCAGGAAGCCGUGGCAGUCUUUUAGGUCUACUCAAAGGCUAUGUUGGUCUAAGUGGUGCCAUCAUGACCCAGCUCUACCAUGCCUUAUAUGGUGAUCACAACCCUCAGGCCCUUAUCUUACUCAUUGCUUGGCUCCCUGCUGCUGUUUCCUUCCUUUUCCUUCCAACAAUUCGGAUAUUCAACACAGUCCACCAACCCAGGAACAACAGAGUUUACUACCACCUUCUAUAUAUUUCACUUUGCCUUGCAGGGUUUCUCAUGGUUUUGAUCGUUGUACAAAACAAGCUUAGUUUCUCAAUGAUUGAGUACAGAGUCGAUGGCCUUGUGGUUUUCUCCUUUCUUCUUCUUCCACUCGCUGUGGUAUUUAGAGAGGAGGUAAACCAUUUAAAAACGCAAGGCUUGAUCGAUUCGGCACCCGAGUUGAAAGUAGUCACUGAAGUUAUUCCACCUCCAAACGUAGAGCAAGAACUACCAACUACAACAAGUUCAGAAGAAAAAUUUUCUUGUUUCAGGAACAUACUCAACCCCCCAAAGAGGGGAGAAGACUACACCAUUUUGCAGGCACUUUUCAGCAUUGACAUGCUGAUUUUGUUCGUUGCAACAACGUUUGGUACUGGCGGAACAUUAACAGCCAUAGACAAUCUAGGACAGAUUGGAAACGCAUUGGGGUACCCGAGUAAGAGCACGACAACCUUUGUGUCCUUGGUGAGCAUAUGGAACUACUUAGGAAGAGUAGCCGCAGGUUAUGCCUCUGAAAUCUUCUUAACCAAAUACAAAGUCCCUCGUCCCUACAUGGUCACUCUAGUAUUGCUUAUCUCAUGUGUUGGCCAUAUUCUGAUAGCCCUUGGCAUCCCAAACUCUCUCUACCUGGCUUCAGUGAUUAUUGGAUUUUGUUUUGGAGCUCAGUGGCCACUAAUGUUUGCAAUCAUAUCAGAAAUAUUUGGCCUUAAAUACUACUCCACGUUAUACAACUUAGGAGCCGCGGCAAGCCCUGUUGGGUCUUACAUUCUAAACGUGAAAGUGGCUGGUGUUUUGUAUGAUAAAGAGGCUUUGAAACAACUGAAGGCCAAAGGACUGACAAGAGAAGCAGGGAAGGACCUAACUUGUGUCGGAGUGCAAUGCUACAGAAUGGCUUUUAUCAUAAUCACGGCUUCAACGUUGGUUGGGUGUUUAGCCGCGCUCAUUUUAUCUCUGAGAACUAGAAAGUUUUACAAAGGGGAUAUCUAUAGAAAGUUUAGAACGGAACAUGAAACAACAGAGAAUGAGAUGGAGAUUACAGAGACAAAAACAGAAGUAAACGCAGUAAAUGGUUGA